AUGGCCGCCGUUCCCGGGGAGUCCACGCCUCCACGGCCUGAAUAUCUGCACUAAGUCCUCGGCCUGGCCUCGAUCUCCCUAAGGGAGGGUUCACUGCCCGCUCCUCUGCCUCCGAGACCAAGCGGCAGCCGGGAAGGUUGGGCCAGCAGUGGAGGCUCGCUCAGGUGCCGCGUGUGCUGCUCGCUAGGGACUGAGAACACACAGGAUGCCUGUGACCGUGGGCCCAUAUGGGCAGUCGCAGCCCAGCUGUUUCGACAGAAUAAAGAUGGGUUUCAUGAUGGGCUUUGCAGUGGGCAUGGCUGCAGGAGCGCUGUUCGGCACAUUUUCCUGCCUCAGGAUUGGCAUGAGAGGACGAGAGCUGAUGGGUGGAGUUGGCAAAACGAUGAUGCAAAGCGGUGGGACGUUUGGGACAUUCAUGGCCAUUGAUGCCCAGCAGCAGCUCAGGACAGCACCACCCCAGCUGACUGGACAGCAAAGGACAGACAACCUUGGGGAAUUCCUAAAACCUGUUUUAAGCACGUUGAAUUAUGCUUCAGAAGUGUACCUGCACUUUCAUCCCUUGAAAACGCAGACUGAAGGAAACAUUUGACACCUGAAAUUGCUCUUUCCCUAUAACAGUGAAAUUAUUACUUGUCAUUUAUUGCUGCUUAUCAUGCCAGUACAUUGCAUUAAACACUGUCCCACAGGCUGCCCUUCCACAGACUUCAGACUUCUGUCAAUGGAGAAACUCUGAGACAGUAAACCCAAACUUCUGAUUCUCAAAUAACCCCUCUAAGGCAGGGAGAACACUGCUACCCAAUCACAAAUACCAGUCCACGCAUUUUCUUGGACUAGUACAUGGCUGGAGAAUGCUACCAACACUGGAGAAAAUGCUACCAAGAAUUUUCAGUCAAAAAAAUAACAGGAUGAUUCCCCACUUCCCCACAGAUGACUAGACAACUAGGAGAACACAAUUUCUCAGGUAUGGGCAAACCCUAUACCACAAGAAUUUCCCCUACAGACACCUGAAAUAAAAUCUACUAAUUACAAGUCAUAAUAAAUGCUAGUUUACCUUCA